UACGAUAUUUUGAGUUGAUUUUUUGUUUUGAUGUGCGUUUCUGAAAUUGUCUUUUGCUCGCAUCCUUGUUUGAAUAUCGUUUGCAGGCUUUUCAAGGACGAGCAUAUUUACGGACCUAUAUUCCCAAUUGUUUAUAAAAAAUGACCCUUAAAAAAUAAUUUUUAUUCUUCUUAAUCUUUUCAAUUUCCGGUAAUUCACACCAAUAUAAUUUCGAUCGACUUCUUCCUUCUCAUCAACUCAGAAAGAGUGGAGACAUCUCUACUCUAAAUAAUAAUAAAAUUCAAAAUCCAUCAGCAUCAUCUGCCCGAAGUGCUUCUUGGUGCGCCGAAGUAAGUGCCGAGCAAAUGCAAAAAAUGAAAAUUAGCGGAGGAAAUAAUUCUCAAGAGGAUGAAGGAUUGACAAUAUUAAAUAAUAAUUCAAGAGUUUCUUGGAGUGUUUCAAGCAUUGAUGGCGUCACUGAAAUAUUUUAUACACCAAAAACUAUUCGGAAUAAUUCUCCAAAAUUUGAAGGAGACGAAAUUGAUCAACAAACUAUUCCCGGGCCAGCAUUAACAGCAAUUAAAUUACUUUUGGAUUCUACUGCAACGGCUGGAGAUGAACAUUUAAUUGUAGAUAAAGAUACAAUUCCAACAUCUACCCAAUUAUUAUAUGCUCGACAUUCAUUUUCUAAUUUUGCGACUGAUGAGAAUACUAAAAGAGGGGAAGAACAAAGAAAUGCAGCUUUUGAUGUUUCUCAAAAACUUUUGGGUGUAGCACAAACAGAUACUUCUUCUACAAAUGACAAAUCAUCCCCUUCACAAAUAAGGCGCCUCUCGGCACUUUAA